AUGUUGCCCCCACGAAUUGAACGUUUGGCGUGGAGGUUGCAUCAAUAUGAGUAUAAGAUAAAACAUAUUGAAGGUAAAAUGAAUAUUGCCGACUCUUUCUCAAGGUUACCUUUAAAUGAAUUAGAUGAAACUAGUUCGGGUAACGUUGCGGAUGAGUAUGUCAAAUUUGUGGUCGAAAAUGAUAUGCCUUACAAUUGUGCGUUGUCGUUAUCAGAGGUGAAAGAGGAAACGACAAAAGAUAAAAUUUUGACUAAAAUUAUGAAUUUGGUUCACGUGGGGGCAUGGCCAGCUGAUGCUGAUAUUAAACCUUUUGACAAGUUUCGGGAUGAGUUUUCGGUUUUCGAAGGUAUUUUAUUGCGCGGAAAUCGUAUUGUCGUUCCAACUUUUCUUAAGAAGCGGAUUUUGAAACUUGCUCAUGAAAGUCAUGUUGUAAUAGUGCGAACCAAGCAGUUGUUAAGGUCAAAAUUUUUUUUGAUAGGUAUGGAUAGGGAUAUCGAGUCUACGAUUAAAGACUGCCCAGCAUGCGCUGCAAGUAGACCGUUAAAUAAUAAUACACCCUUGCAGCCAGUGCAGUUACCCAAAGCGCCGUGGUUAAAAGGUGCGGUUGAUAUCGUAGGUCCGAUAGAUAAUAAGUACUUAGUAACCUAUAUCGAUCGACUAUUACUCUUCCUUUCCUGA